AUGUGUCUUAAAUUUGAUCAUGGCGAUCGAACCCUGCAUGAGGAGAAUACGACCGUCCUAUCACAGCGCCGUUACGUCUCCGCAUACGGCUACGAACAAGCCAAAGCACUCACAUUCUCAAACUACGGCGAACCACCAAGCGUCCUCUCCCUGCACAGCCACUCCAUCUCGCCGCCACAUAACGACCUCAUGACCCUCCGCUUCCUCGCCUCUCCAAUUAACCCCGCCGACAUCAACCAGAUACAGGGCGUGUACCCUUCAAAACCAAACUUCACGACCAGUCUCGGGACAGCAGACCCAAUCGCUGUCGCUGGAAACGAGGGCGUAGCCGAGAUCAUCGCGCUGGGCGACAAAGUGAAGAGCGAGGGAUUCAAGAAGGGCGAUUGGGUGUUUAUGAAAGGUCCUGGGUUCGGAACAUGGAGAACACACGCGAGCGCCACAAUAGACCAAGUCGUCAAACUGGACGAUGAGAUGCGACAAGGCAUCUCGCCAAUUCAGGCAGGCACUAUUAGUAUCAACCCAUGCACAGCAUACCGCAUGUUGCGCGACUUCACAACGCUCAGCGAAGGCGAGUGGUUCAUCCAGAACGGCGCAAACUCGGGCGUCGGGCGCGCGGCAAUUCAGCUAGGCAAGAAAUGGGGAUACAAGAGCAUAAACAUCAUUCGCGGCCGCGACGACAAAGCCGCAGAAGACAAGCUGAAGAAGGAACUAAAGGAGCUCGGCGCAGACGUAGUCAUCACGGACACGGAACUCCAAAGCCAAGGCAUAGAAGACAUGUCCAAGGAGUGGACAAACGGCGGUCGCGAACCCAUCAAGUUGGCGCUGAACUGCGUAAACGGAAAAGCCGCUACAGCCAUGGCUAAACUACUGUCCUCCUCGGCGCAUUUCGUUACGUACGGCGCCAUGUCCAAGCAACCCCUCACCAUCCCCGCCUCAAUGCUGAUCUUCAAGAACAUCCACUUCCACGGGUUUUGGGUGAGUCGGUGGGCGGAGAAACAUCCCGACGAGAAGAAGACGACGGUUGCGGAUGUGUUGGAGAUGACGCGCAAGGGCGAGUUUAGGGAUAUUCCCGUCGAUGAGAUUAGGUGGGAGUGGGAGACCAAGGGCGAGGAGCUGAUUGCAAAGGUCAAGAGUACGUUGGAGGGUUAUCGGGAAGGCAAGGGGGUGUUUGUGUUUGGAAAAACAUAG